ACUCAAUAAAAACCCUCGUGAGAACCCCCAAUUCACCAAUCCAAUCCAGUCAAAUCCAUCUAUACUCUCAAUGGAGCUGGUGGUGACCUCGUCGUCUGUCGAAGCCGGCAUCGGCUGUUGGGACCUCCGCACCGGCGCCGAGCAGCUCCGCUACAAGCUCUGCGCUUCUCCGCCUCAUGGCCUCAUUUGCGUCGGCGAACGAUUCCUCGCCUCCUCUCAGCUCCGUGAGCCUUCUGCCUCCUCUGGCUCUGUACAGUACUGGUCUUGGUCCAAGCCGCAGGUUGAUGUGAAGAGCUUCCCAGAAGAACCGAUCAAUCCGCUCGCUGCGAACAGCGAAGGGACGUACAUUGUUGGCGGUGGCUCAUCGGGGAAUAUCUACUUGUGGGAGGUUAAUACUGGUAGACUGCUUAAGAAAUGGCAUGCUCACUACAGAGGUGUUAGUUGCUUGGCAUUUUCGGAUGAUGGCUCCCUGCUGAUUUCGGGGUCGGAGGAUGGGGGCAUUCGAGUUUGGUCUCUUAUAGGAUUAUUCGAUGAUUAUCAAAGUCAACAGGAAAGCCAUCUGUACAUGCAUAAUUUUACGGAGCACACUCUUUGUGUAACGGAUGUUGUCACAGGAUAUGGUGGAUGCAAAGCCAUUAUCGUGUCAGCAUCACAGGAUCGCACAUGUAAGGUUUGGAGUGUAGGAAGUGGGAGAUUAUUGAGAAAUAUUGUUUUCCCUACUAUAAUUGAUGCGAUUGCACUGGAUCCUGGUGAAAAUGUCUUCUUUGCCGGUGGUAGAGAUGGCAAGAUAUACGUUGCUGCACUUAAUGCUGAGAGCCCACUUAACAGCAAGUAUGGGUUGCAUAUCAUCGAUUGUUUCUCGAAUCACAGCAAAGCUGUUACUUGCCUAGCAUAUGGCAUUACUGGAAAUUAUUUGCUUUCUGGAUCAGAAGAUGGCGUUGUUCGAGUUUGGGAUGCUAGAACUCAUAACAUUGUUCGUGUGUUCAAACAUGCAAAAGGUCCAGUGAAUAAUAUUCUAGUCGUUCGACAGCAUUUUUCUCAGAUGAAUUCGUAUGCGUCCUCGAGAAGGCAUGGUUCAUCAUUACCACCUCCACUGGAAAAGUAUACAACAGAGGAAGGCGGAGACAUUAGAGCUUUCCUUGGAGGCCCGGCUACUUGCAGUAAUUUGACAGAACCAUUGUACAUCACUGAACAAGUGAUGAAUAGGCAAAUCAAAGAGCUUCAGCAACAAGGAUCUGCCUCAGCCGAAAUGGAGAUUGAGAGACUGAAGCGCGAAAAUGAAAGAGCCACACAAAUGGCUCAGCAGUGGAGAAAAAUGUAUGACAACUUGCAUCGGUUCUGUGUAAAUGAGCUUUUGGAUGGCGAUCAAGGAGGAGUCUCAAAUGGAAAUGCAGCUUGAAUACCUGACAACUUACCAGCUUUGUUUUGUUCUUCGUAUUUUUAGUUCGUAUUCCUAUUUUCUUGCCAUAUUACUUUAAAAUAUUUGUAGAAUUUACUAUGAACUAUCAAAUUCAUGUAUUUUGUGUU